CAUGGUUCUGAUUCAGCAGAUGAUGCGUCGGACACUUUCCUGGCCAGGAGAGAGCAGAACAUUAAGGCCAACAAAGCCAUGUUGGCUCAGCUGAUGGCAGACCUGCAAAAAAUGCCAGGAGGUGCAGGGCUGCUGAAGAAAAAAGCAGGCAAACAGAAGGCAAAAGACAGAAGCUCUCAUCCGCCGCGAUCUGCUGCGACUGGAGGGGAGUCCAGGAGAAACCCAGAGCGGGCAUCUCGCAGGCUGACAAGGUCCAUGUCGGGAACGGAGGAUCCUUUGGCCGCUGAGGAGGCAGAAGUGGAGCUCAGCUUGGAGGAGGAGCUGCUGGAGGUACGCCAAGCUCCACGGCGUCGUGGCAUCCCACGAGGUAAUCGAAGCAAACCUCACAUUUUUCGUCCGGUAGAAGAAAUCACAGAAGAUGAUCUCGAGUUGGUUGCAGACAACAUGACUGAGAAAGUCUACAACAGUGUCACAGGUUCCACGUGUCAUCAGUGCCGUCAGAAAACUGUUGACACAAAGACGUGCUGUCGCAGUGAGGACUGCCGUGGGAUUCAGGGUCAGUUCUGCGGGCCGUGCCUGAGGAACCGAUAUGGAGAGGAUGUCAAAAAAGCGCUGCUUGAUCCGGACUGGAAAUGCCCUCCCUGUCGAGGCAUUUGCAACUGCAGCUUCUGUCGUCAGCGUGAGGGCCGCUGCCCAACCGGCAUCCUCUUCCCCCUGGCUCAAUAUCACGGCUUCUCUGACGUCCACUCCUACCUCACCAGCCUCCGCAACAAACUCAAGACCGAGGUGGAUGAUGUAGAGAUGUAAUUUUAACACUAGAGGGAGCCAGUGUUCAAAGGUUUUAUUGUGC